GAGAACACUGAAAAACAGAUAGAUGGAGAGUAGCGUGUGAGGGAACAGAAGAAAGGAAAGAGAAAUACGACCAACAAAGGCAAUGCCAACACAACUAAUGAUUCAGUGUUUUCUAACCAUAGAUUAGACAUAGUUUUUGUGCAACCUAUCAGACACAUUAAUUUCUGUAAACCUAAAACAACAUUUCUAAUCUCCAGCAAAAUCACCUCUUCUGUAACAGAAAAAGAUGAUACCUUUGAUGUUUGAUUGAAGAGAGUGCAUAGUUAGGGGUUGGAUCUGGUGAGUUGAUCAAUGGAUGAUGGUGGAGGUUCCAAACUGAGUGGGAUUAGGCAGAUUGUGAGAUUGAAGGAAAUGUUUCAGAAGUGGCAAACUGUGACUCUGGGCUCAAAAGAUUCCAACCAUGACUCUGAUGUGGCUCCUCCUGGGGGCAUUCCACCCUUGAUUAACAAAAGGCUAACCAAUCUUUUGUACUGUGACUCCGACGAGGAUAGCUGCUACAGUCCUCAACCGCCGCAUGAUGUUCCCAAAGGUUACUUAGCUGUCUAUGUUGGACCCGAGCUUCGCAGGUUUAUCAUCCCCACAAGCUACCUUAGCCACUCUUUGUUCAAGGUUUUGUUGGAAAAAGCUGCAGAGGAAUUUGGGUUUGAUCAGAGUGGUGGACUCACCAUUCCAUGUGAAAUUGAAACCUUCAAAUACCUCUUGAACUGCAUGGAGAAUCACGACGACACAUCCGACUCUUGGUGGAAUUGCAGCUGGAAACACAGGAACUGUGGAAGAAUAAAAACUUGCUCUGAUCUAUAUAGAAGGAAAAUCACGGUGCUGGUUUCUGGGCUUUCUUACAUGAAGAAUGAUAUAACUCCCCAACAAGAAAGAUUUGUGAUGGGUAAUUUGUUUGUAGAACAGGUGUUAAAAAUCUAUGUACUUUUCAUCCAAUGUUUCCCCAAUACAUGUACUUUGCCAACAUAUUCAAACAGAACAUUUUUGACAUUCAAUUGAAGAAUAUAUCCAUUCAGGAA